AUGCCCGCCAACGAUAUCCGUCUGCUCGCUCUCGACGGGGGUGGCGUCCGUGGCCUCUCCUCCCUCAUGGUCUUGCGCAGCCUCAUGGCCACUAUUGACCCUGACCACCCGCCUAGACCCUGCGACUAUUUUGACAUGAUCGGCGGCACCAGCACCGGGGGGCUGAUCGCCAUCAUGUUAGGGCGCCUGCGCAUGUCCGUCGACGAGUGCAUCGCCGCCUACACCGCCCUAUCCGACGAGGUCUUCGAGAAGAAGAAUCACAGGAUCAGACUAAACGGUCAGCUUCAAGGCAGAUUCGAUAGCGUGGCUCUCGAGCGGGCUGUCAAGAAGAUCCUCGCGCGCACAAACCAUCAUGAGAAUGUCCUGUUGAAAGAUACUUCCGACUCGUGUCGAGUAUUCGUCUGCGCGACGAGCAAGGAGACGGCCGACACGGUAUGUCUGACGAGCUAUCGCUCCCCCAGAUCGACACACCUGCUCGACUGCACUACAGUCUGGGAGGCCUGCCGCGCCACCUCGGCCGCGACCACCUUUUUCGAUCCCGUCGCCAUCGGCCCCUUUGGCGAGCAAUUCGUCGACGGCGCCUUCGGCGCGAAUAACCCCGUCGCCGCCCUCUGGAACCAGGCUAGGGACGUAUGGGGCGACCGCCUGCGGGGCAACCUGCGGUGUCUAGUGUCGAUCGGCACGGGCUUGCCCGCCCUUCGGCCGGUGCGUGAUGACGCGCUAGGAAUCUGGGCGACACUCAAAGUACUCGCCACGGAAACAGAAAAGACGGCGGAGCGAUUUCGUCGCGAUAAAGCCUACCUCGACGAUGAAGGCCGCUACUUCCGCUUCAACGUCGUCCGCGGCCUCGAGGACAUCGGCCUGGAGGAGUCGAAGAAAAAGGCCGAGAUUGCGGCGGCGACGGGACGCUAUGUCGCGUCGCAGGACGUGUUGAAGCACAUGCGGGCAUGUGCCAGGAGUAUUUCGAGGAGACAAUUCUAG